AUUAUCAAGACAUUGAAUGCCUCACAGAGACCACGUGCUUGCGUCUCCUUGACAACUGAGCCCUCGAGCAGAGUGUUUGUUUUAUGUCGCGACUCCGAACAAAACUACAGUUACCGUUAGCUGACAGGACCUUUUAUUUUCACCUUGUGCGACAUUCAACAAAAGCUUCACAACACGGCGGCGCGUUGGUCCCCUUCGUAGCCAUGUCCAGCAGAUGUAACCCGAAGCCCGGGGGCUUCAGGAGGGACGUCCACGGCCUGCUGCUGGCUGCUGAAGCCGGUCAGAAGGCCGACAUCCCGACCUACUCCUCGGGUCAUCUGGGGCCCCGCAGCCUGAACCAGAGUCCGCCUCACAGGGGGCCGAAGCAGCCUUUCUGGAGGAUGGGAACCCCGAACCUCGUGACCCCGACGAAGGGCCCGAAGAAGAGAGCGGUGAAACACUGCCCCUCUGAGUUCGGCCCCGACACUGCCGCUGUACAGUCUGACGUCCCGAGGUCAAGACGCGGUCCGGCCGCGCAUUGCUCAUCGCGUGCAGACAAAACCGAGGAGAAGUGUCUGCCUAAGAUAGAUCUCCAUUCCUCAAACUCACUGGUUCUCCUGCCGAGAGCGUCGCAUCAGAAAAAGAAAAACUUUCCAUCUGAUCUGUUGGGAAAACAGCAUUCUGAGCAAAAAGGCCCGAGUGAUAAAGGCCUGUUUAAGACGAAGCAACGGUUGGGCGGGAAAGUCGUGGCCAAGCAGGACUUCUGGGCUGGAAUAAAUGUUGCCCAAAUUCACGAGGGGAAACUACAAAAGGAGCUGGAAAGGUCGUCAGCGGCAAGCCGCCCCGGCAGAGAACGCCUGGCGGUGUUCGCUGGUGUCUUUGAUGAUGUAUGUGAAGGCUCACCAGUAUUUGGACGCAUCCUGAGGGAAAUUAAGACAGAGUACGAUAUGUACGUCAACCACUUGAUGGCUUCACAAACAUUACUUCAAAAUAAGUCGCUGGAGACUUCGCUCAAAGCUCUCGGCGAUGACAAAGUGAGGCAAAUGGAUUUGGAGGAUUCAGAAAAGGAGGUUUUCAGGCUGGAGCUCAUUGCCAAGAGAGCUCUAGAGGAGAAUAAACGAGCCCGAAACGAAUCAAAGAACAUCCCAGCUACCGUCAGCCCGCUGGACAGUGACAUGACGAGCAAGUCUCAAGAUUACCCUGAUGCGUCUCUGUCCGGCCGGCAUGACGGAGGACUCGACGUCGGCCACGGCAGCAGCAGCGUCCAAUCCAAGCGGCUUCGGGUGUUGAACACGUGGCGGGAGAACCAGCAGCUGGAGGAGGAGCUUAAGGAGAUGCCGGUGGCCUCCGUCACGACCACGGCCGUGCAGCGGUGCAUCAAAGAUCUAAAGAUGGAGAUAAUGAGACUGAUUGCCUCAAAUAACUGUUUGAAUACUGCGAACGAGGAUUUGGAAAACAACAUCAACAUGGUGCUGAACAGAGAGAAGGCCAGCAAGACCACGAGACGGACGUUGUGGGACGAAAUACAUUGUGAUCUACAAACAGAGAGUGAAUAGCUCCAUCAACGGUGAUCAUUCUUUAGAUGGACUUUCCAAA